GAGUAUGAACAUAUCCUCGUUUGAUGGAUUUAAUGUUGUUAAGGAAAGGCAGAAAGAGCCCAGAUUUCCAGCUUUCGUCCAGGAAACCAAGCUGUCAAGAUUUCCAGCUUACGUCCAGGAAAUGAAGCUGUCUAAAUUUCCGUCUGUUAUUCAAGAAACACCUUUCACUGGCAACGAUGAUCAAAUUAGUUUCCCGGUUACAGAUCCAGGAAACAUCAGCGUUGAUAUCUCCGACACGGUAGAUAUUGACGUUUAUCCUUUCAUUAAAUCAAAUAUUUCUGAAAACGUGUCCGAGGAGAUCAAUUCAACAAGUUUUGAAAAUACAAGAUUGCUGCUGGUGGAAUUUGACUCUCCCUGGUGGGGUAUUCUUGUACUACUCAUCUUCAUCAAUAUUUCAACGAUAAUUGGAAAUAUUUUGAUCCUGGGUAGUUGGAAGAUAAAUCCUAGUAUCCGAAUACCUGCCAACAUCAACAUCAUGUCUCUAGCCAGCUCAGAUCUAGCUAUUGGAAUGUUUGUUAUGCCUUUCUCUAUUUGUAAAAACUUCCUUAGCAGGUGGAUUUUUCCAGGGAUUCUCUGCAAGGUUUGGUUAUACAUGGAUCUAGUGCUCUCAACAAUUUCAAUUUUCAACCUUGUCAAUAUUGCACUAGAUAGGUUUGAAGCGGUUCAGAGACCUAUAACCUAUAGUUCAAGAACUUCACUGAAGAAUUCACUUCAUCGGGUUGGAUUGUGCUGGGUUGCAGCAGUGUUGACAUGUCUACCUAUUUAUUUAUUGAUAAUUUAUUUCGGUCUGGGUUGA